AAUUUUAACCUAGUUAGAUUUAAAUCACAAAAAGAACAAAACGUGUCAAUUUAAAAAACAGAAGAAGUACCCUCCUUUAAAAAAAAGGAAGAGAAAUGCAAUAGGAGUCUUAUCCAUUCCUUAAUCCCAUCUCCUUCACUCUUUCCUCCUUCCUUUCAGCUUCUAGACCAAAUAACAAUCCACACUCACUUUCACUCUCUCUCUCUCUCUGCAACCUCAAAGUUCAUUUCAGAUUUUAGUGUAUAUCAAAAUUAUAAGCAGAGUUUAAUUUUAUCCUCAUUUUUUCAAUUUUCAGUUCAUUGGUUUGCUUGCUUACAGUGUUUGAUGGCAACCCUUUGCAAAUCUUACCCCCUUUUGCUAAAAAGAUUCAGGAGUCCCACAAGACGAAACCUAGAUCACAGCCCACAGAUAACACUUAGUCCCCGGUGUGUCUUGGGAGUUUCUGCUCAAACAGUCACUGAAAUCUCGCAUCAAGGAAUAACCAACUCUCAACCAAUAUCUGAUAUGUUUGCUCUUGCUACAACUAACAACAUCAGUAUGCUCGAAACAGCACAUAUCUUCAAUGAGCUGAAGCACAAUAUACUGUUAAUAGAGUUGGAUGCAGCCACAGCAAAGGCUGUCAUUCCCUUUAUAGGACCUUUCCUUUCGGCAUUUUCCUUCCUUUUCAUCCUAAGGAUAGUCAUGUCAUGGUAUCCAAGACUUCCGGUGGGUAAGUUCCCAUAUGUUCUUGCUUAUGCACCUACAGAACCAAUUCUGGUUCCUACGCGCAAAGUGAUUCCACCCCUUGGCGGUGUGGAUGUAACACCUGUGGUUUGGUUUGGAUUACUUAGUUUCUUAAAUGAGAUUUUAGUAGGACCUCAAGGACUUCUGGUCCUCCUUUCUCAGCAGAUGUAAGUAGUUAACACGGCUGAAAGAGUAGAUGGUCAUCAGUCUACUUUGGUGCCUA